AUGGGUGACCGAGGGUGAAGACAGAAGGACACGAGGAGUAAGAGGGAGAAUGUGGGGAAAGAAGGCGACGAAACAAAUCAGGUUGCGGGCGUGUCCGCCUAGAGUUAUCUGACAUUUCGCAGCACUGAAUACACAAUAAAACACCCUGUUCUGGCAUCGAUUGAUGCCCCCGUCCCGCUUCUUUCACCAUUCACUGCCACAGCUCUGUAUUUUAUUGUACAUAACCUCAAUAUGGUUGCUCCUCAGGGGCGGCAGGGGAGGCACACAUUUAUUUAUUUGUGAUUCCCCCCCCCCCACCCAACCCCAAGGCUGUAUGUGUGUGUGCUCUUAACUGAAUCGGUUGUCGUUAGACACACAACCCCCUGUAGCAGCGGGAGGUUCACUUCUCUCUUUCUCUCUCAAUUCAAUUCAGUAGACUUUAUUGACAUGGCAAGUUAAAUUACUUACUUUGUCAAAGUAUACAUACAGUGCAUUCGGAAAGUAUUCAGACCCCUAAGACUUUUCCCACAUUAUGUUAUGUUACAGCCUUAUUCUAAAAUGGAAUAAAUAGUUUUUUUUCGCUCAUCAAUCUAGACACAAUACCCCAUAAUGACAACGCAAAAAAAGGUUUUUAGACAUUUUUGCAAAUGUAUUACAAAUAAAAAGCUGCAAUAUACUAUUUACAUAAGUAUUCAGACCCUUUACUCAGUACUUUGUUGAAGCAUCUUUGUCAGCGAUUACAGCCUUGAGUCUUCUUGGGUAUGUCCGCCCAGAGCUUGGCACACCUGUAUUUGGGGAGUUUCUCCCAUUCUUCUCUGCAGAUCCUCUCAAGCUCUGUCAGGUUGGAGACUAUUUUCAAGUCUCUUAGAGAUGUUUGAUCGAGUUCAAGUCCGGGCUCUGGCUGGGCCACUCAAAACAUUCAGAGACUUGUCCCGAAGGCACUCCUGCGUUGUCUUGGCUGUGUGCUUAGGGUUGUUGUCCUGUUGGAAGGUGAACCUUCGCCCCAGUCUGAGGUCCUGAGUGCUCUGGAGUAGGUUUUCAUCAAGGAUCUCUCUGUACUUUGCUCUUUUCAUCUUUCCAUCGAUCCUGACUAGUCUCCCAGUCCCUGCUGCUGAAAAACAUCCCAACAGCAUGAUGCUGCCACCACCAUGCUUCACCGUAGCGAUGGUGCCAGGUUUCCUCCAGAAGUGACACUUGGCAUUCAGGCCAAAGAGUUCAAUCUUGGUUUUAUCAGACCAGAGAAUCUUGUUUCUCAUGGUCUAAGGUGCCUUUUGGCAAACUCCAAGCGGGCUGUUAUGUGCCUUUUACUUAGGAGUGGCUUCCGUCUGACCACUCUACCAUAAAGGCCUGAUUGGUGGAGUGCUGCAGAGAUGGUUGUCUUUCUGAAAGGUUCUCCCAUCUCCACAGAGGAACUCUGGAGCUCUGUCCGAGUGACCAUCGGGUUCUUGGUCACCUCCGUGACCAAGGCCCUUCUCCCCCGAUUGCUCAGUUUGGCCGGGUGGCCAGCUCUAGGAAGAGUCUUGGUGGUUACAAACUUCUUCCAUUUAAGAAUGAUGGAGGCCACUGUGUUCAUGGGGACCUUCAAUGCUGCAGAAAUGUUUUGGUACCCUUCCCCAGAUCUGUGCCUCGACACAAUCCUGUCUCGGAGCUCUACGGACAGUUCCUUCAACCUCAUGGCUUGGUUUUUGCUCUGACAUGCACUGUCAACUUUGGGACCUUAUAUAGACAGGUGUGUGUCUUUCCAAAUCAUAUCCAAUCAAUUGAAUUUACCACAGGUGGACUCCAAUCAAAUUGUUGAAACAUGUCAAGGAUGAUCAAUGGAAACAGGAUGCACUUGAGCUCAAUUUCGAGUCUCAUAGCAACGGGUCUGAAUACUUACGUAAAUAAGAUUUUUCUGUUAAUUUAUUUUAAUAAAUUAGCAAACAUUUCUAAAUACCAGUUUUCGCUUUGUCAUUAUGGGGUAUUGUAUGUAGAUUGAUUAGUAAAACAUUUAUUUAAACCAUUUUAGAAUAAGGCUGUAACGUAUCAAAAUGUAGAAAAAGUCAAGGGGUCUGAAUACUUUCCGAAUGCACUGUAUAACAACAAUGGUUGGACCAACGGCAAUAAGGCAUCAACAAUAAUAAUAAUAGUAGUAGUGGAAAUGUGAUUACCAUUAACAGCAACUACAACAACAAUAUUAAUGAGAAUAACAAUACAUUAAAGCAAUAGUAGUAGACCAGUCUCAACAUGACUGAGAAUACACAUGACAUGGUAUGAAAGCCAAAACAAAACCAAAUGGGAAAUAUUAUUGACAUUACAUUGCUCUCUCUCUCUCUCUUCUCUCUCUCUCUCUCUCUCUCUCUCUCUCUCUCUCUCUCUCUCGUUCUCUCUCUCGUUCUCUCUCUCUCUCUCUUCCUCUCUCUCUCUCUCUCUCUCUCUCUCUCUCUCUCUCUCUCUCUCUCUCUCUCUCUCUCUCUCUCUCUCUCUCUCUCUCUCUCUCUCUCUCUCUCUCUCUAUGUCGUUUCUCUUUUUCCCACUGUGUUAGACUGUCAGUUUACCAUACAGUGGCUUGCGAAAGUAUUCUCCCCACUUGGCAUUUUUCCUAUUUUGUUGCCUUACAACCUGGAAUGAAAAUUGAUUUUUUUGGGGGGGUUGAUUCAUUUGAUUUACACAACAUGCCUACCACUUUGAAGAUGCAAAACAUUUUUGUGUGUGAAACAAACAAGAAAUAAGACAGAAAAACGGAAAACUUGAGCGUGCAUAACUAUUCACCCCCCCAUGGUCAAUAUUUGUAGAGCCACCUUUUGCAGCAAUUACAGCUGCAAGUCUCUCCCGAGUGGCGCAGUGGUCUAAGGCACUGCAUUGCAGUGCUAACUGUGCAACUAGAGAUCCUGGUUCGCGUCCAGGCUCUGUCGCAGCCGGCCGCUACCGGGAGACCCAUGGGCGGCGCACAAUGUCGUCCAAGGUAGGGGAGGGUUUGGCUGGCAGGGAUGUGGGUUCGUUUCCCAUGGGGGACCAGUAUGAAAAAAAAAAAAAAAAAAUACAUGUAUGCAUUCACUACCUGUAAGUUGCUCUGGAUAAGAGCGUCUGCUAAAUAAAAUGACUAAAAUGUAAAUGUAUGUCUCUAUAAGCUUGGCACAUCUAGCCACUGGGAUUUUUGCCCAUUCUUCAAAGCAAAACUGCUCCAUCUCCUUCAAGUUGGAUGGGUUCCGCUGGUGUACAGCAAUCUUUAAGUCAUACCACAGAUUCUCAAUUGGAUUGAGGUCUGGGCUUUGACUAGGCCAUUCUAAGACAUUUAAAUGUUUCUCCUUAAACCACUCAAGUGUUGCUUUAGCAGUAUGCUUAGGGUCAUUGUCCUGCUGGAAGGUGAACCUCCGUCCCAGUCUCAAAUCUCUGGAAGACUGAAACAGGUUUCCCUCAAGAAUUUUCCUGUAUUUAGCGGCAUCCAUCAUUCCUUCAAUUCUGACCAGUUUCUCAGUCCCUGCCGAUGAAAAACAUCCCCACAGUGAUGUUAGUCUCAUCUGACCAGAGUACAUUCUUCCAUAUGUUAGGGGAGUCUCCCACAUGGCUUUUGGCCAACACCAAACGUGUUUGCUUAAUUUUGUCUUUAAGCAAUGGCUUUUUUUCUGGCCAAGCUUCCGUAAUGCCCAGCUCUGUGGAGUGUAUGGCUUAAAGUGGUCCUAUGGACAGAUACUCCAAUAUCUGAUGUGGAGAUUUGCAGCUCCUUCAGGGUUAUCUUUGGUCUCUUUGUUGCCUCUCUGAUUAAUGCCCUCCUUGCCUGGUCCGUGAGUUUUGGUUGGCGGCCCUCUCUUGGCAGGUUUCUUGUGGUGCCAUAUUCUUUCAAUUUUUUUUAUAAUGGAUUUAUUGGUGCUCUGUGGGAUGUUCAAAGUUUCAGAUAUUUUUUUAUAACCCAACCCUGAUCUGUGCUUCUCCACAACUUUGUCCCUGACCUGUUUGGAGAGCUCCUUGGUCUUCAUGGUGCCGCUUGCUUGCUUUUUACCCCAUAUGUAACUCUGUGUUGUUGUUUUUAUCGCACUGCUUCGCUUUAUCUUGGCCAGGUCACAGUUGUAAAUGAGAACUUGUUCUCAACUGGCUUAACUGGUUAAAUAAAGGUGAAAUAAAAAUAAAAAAAUAAAGUGGUGCCCCUUGCUUAGUGGUGUUGCAGACUCUGGGGCCUUUCAGAACAGGUGUAUAUAUACUGAGAUCAUGUGACAGAUCAUGUGACACUUAGAUUGCUUUAUUUAACUAAUCAUGUGACUUCUGAAGGUAAUUGGUUGCACCAGAUCUUAUUUAGGGGCUUCAUAGCAAAGGGGGUGAAUACAUAUGCACGCACCACUUUUCCGUAAUUUAUUUUUUUGAAAUAAGUUAUUUUUUUCAUUUCACUUCACCAAUUUGGACUAUUUUGUGUAUGUCCAUUACAUUAAAUCCAAAUAAAAAUCCCAUUUAAAUUACAGGUUGUAAUACAACAAAAUAGGAAAAAUGCCAAGGGGGAUGAAUACUUUUGAAAGGCACUGUACCUUCUCCAAUCAGGUGGCAGCCGCCCGCUGGGCCCCGUGAAGCCUGUCCCUCAUGGCCAUUCCUUGUCUCUGUUUCCAUUUUCCGAGAAAAUGCUGAUGGAGUAUCAGGAAUCUCUGAGGGGAUUAGAAUGUGUUUAAAGUCACGUUAGGAAAGCCAGCGGCGUUCCGAAUCCUCAUUAUAUUUUCACACUCUCUCUCUCAUGCCAACCGCCUUUGUCAGGAUCAGAUACAAUUCUGAGAUAUCUUGAGUAAUAUAAAUAAAUCAAAUCCAGCAUCCUGUUUUCAAGGCAGUCGCUCGCACACGCACACACACACACACACACACACACACACACACACACACACACACACACACACACACACACACACACACACACACACAAACAAUCAACGAAUGCACACACACACACACACACACACACACACACACACACACACAGAGGAAGAAGGAGUGCUGGUGUUCCUUUCUAUUUAGUCCCAUCUGUAUGUGGUGUUUGUAACCCAUACAUAUACAGACUGUAUCACAAUUUUGUUAAUCAUAUGAUUUUAUGAAUGCAAAGCUUCAUUGAUUCUAGGGCUCAGUUUUCUUUCACUGGAAUGUCAUGUAAAUGUAUGAAAGUGGUUUGAAUAAUGUACAAGAGCGAUAUGUUACGUGUCAGUCUAAUGAAUUAAUAUGGGAAAUUGUGGUGUUUAGUAUUUUAGUAUUUUUAUUGGGAUCCCCAAUUAGGUUGCCAAGGCAGCGGCUCCUCUUCCUGGGGUCCAAACAGGAAACAAUACAACAAAUACAAUACAUAACGUGUCAUUUAGUCUCGGAUAUCCGGAGCAACGUAAGCCAGGCAACGGCACAAGUAAUGACUUCUCUCAGACAUUUUGAAAGGGGGAAAAAAAAUUGUUCCGGGGAGGGUCCUCUUCAGACAGACAACUCUCCCAACAAAUCACAAGUUUGGGUAGGCGGGGCUUAAAAUGCGGAUUGGAAUUGUGCUCAGGAUUAGCCAGGGAUAUGGCAGAGACUUUACUGACGCUCUUCCCAUUUUCACCGCAACUUGUGCAGAUGUGUUAAGCUGGAGCAUUCGUACAUUGCCGGAAGUAAACCGUCUGUCUAGAGAGACAAAAUGUUGCGCACUUUAUGUUUGUUUGUGUCUGUUUGUAUGGAUACACUGUGUACCUUCUCUGUACAUAAUAUGUACAAACAAGUGUGUGAAUUUAAGUGUGAGUGUUCAAGUAGUAGCCUGUGUGUUCCAGAGCUCUGUGUGUGUUCCAGAGCUCUGUGUGUGUUCCAGAGCUCUGUGUGUGUUCCAGAGCUCUGUGUGUGUUCCAGAGCUCUGUGUGUGUUCCAGAGCUCUGUGUGUGUUCCAGAGCUCUGUGUGUGUUCCAGAGCUCUGUGUGUGUUCCAGAGCUCUGUGUGUGUGUGCUGGUUGUGUGUGUGUCAAAUCAAAUGAAAUUGUAUUUGUCAAAUGCUUCAUAAACAACAGGUGUGGACUAAUAGUGAAAUCCUUAUUUAUGGGCCCUUCCCAACAAUGCAGAGAGAAAUAAAAUAGAGAAAUAAUGGAAAAGUAAAACACAGAAUAAUAAAAGUAAUAAUAAAUACACAAUGAGUAAUGAUAACUUGGCUAUAUACACGGGGUACCGGUACCGAGUCGAUGUGCAGGGGUACGAGGUACAUAUAACUAGGAAUAAAGUGACAGAUAGUAAACAUUAACAGCAGCGUAUGUGAUCAAUCAAAAUAAAAAAGAGUCAAUGCAGAUAGUCUGGGUAUCUAUUUGGUCAACUAUUUAACUAUUUAGCAGUCUUAUGGCUUGGGGGUAGAAGCAGUUCAAGGUCCUGUGGGGUCCAGAGUUGGUGCAUCUGUACCGCUUGCCGUGCGGUAACAGAGAGAACCGUUUGUAACUUGAAUGGCUUGAGUCUGACAAUUUUUAGGGCCUUCCUCUGACACCGCCUGGUAUAGAGGUCCUGGAUGGCAGGGAGCUCGGCCGUGAUGUACUGGGCCGUACGCACUACUUCUGUAGCGCCUUGCGGUCGGAUGCCAAGCAGUUGCCAUACCAAGCGGUGAUGCAGCCUGUCAAGAUGCUCUCAAUGGUGCAGCUGUAGAACAUGUUAAGGAUCUGAGGGCCCAUGACAAAUCUUUUCAGCCUCCUGAGGGGGAAGAGACGUUGUCGUGCCCUCUUCACAACUUUGUUGGUGUGUUUGGACCAUGAUAGAUCCUUAGUGAUGUGGACACAGAGAAACAUGAAGCUCUCGACCCGCUCCACUACAGCCCUGUUGAUGUGAAUGGGGAUGUGCUCGGACCUCCAUUUCCUGUAGUCCACGAUCAGCUCCUUUGUCUUGCUGACGUUGAGGGAGAGGUUGUUGUCCUGGCACCACGCUGCCAGGUGUUGUGCGCGGCCACGCAAUCGUGGGUGAACAGGGAGUACAGGAGGGGACUAAGCACGCACCCCCGAAGGUCCCCCGGGUUGAGGGUCAGUGUGGCGGAUGUGUUGUUGCCUACCCUCACCACCUGGGGGUGUCCCGUCAGGAAGUCCAGAAUCCAGUUGCAGACGGAGGUGUUCAGUCCCAGGGUCCUUAGCUUAGUGAUGAGCUUGGAGGGCACUAUGGUGUUGAACGCUGAGCUGUAGUCAAUGAACAGCAUUCUCACGUAGGUGUUCCUUUUGUCCAAGUGGGAAACAGUGUGGAGUGCAAUAGAGAAUGCGUCAUCUGUGGAUCUGUUUGGUCGGUAUGCGAAUUGGAGUGGGUCCAGUGUGUCUGGGAUGAUGGUGUUGAUGUGAGCCAUGACCAGUCUUUCAAAGCAUUUAAUGGCUACAGAUGUGAGUGCUACGGGGCAAUAGUUAUUCAGACAGGUUACCUUGGCGUUCUUGGGCACAGGGACUAUGGUGGUCUGCUUGAAACAUGUAGGUGUUACAGACUGGGUCAGGAAGCGGUUGAAAAUAUCAGUGAAGACAAUUGCCAGCUGGUCAGCGCAUGCUCCGAGUAUGCUUCCUGGUAAUCCGUAGGCCCUGCGGCCUUGUAAAUGUUUACCUGUUUAAAGGUUUUACUCACAUCGGCUACAGAGAGCGUGAUCACAUAGUCAACCGGAACAGCUGGUGCCUUCACGCAUGGUUCAGUAUUACUUGCCUCGAAGCGAGCAUAGAAGGCAUUUAGCUCAUCCGGUAAGCUCUCGUCACUGGGCAGCUCGUGGCUGGGUUUCUCUUUGUAAUCCGUAAUAGUUUGCAAGCCCUGCCACAUCCGACGACUGUCAGAACCGGUGUAGUAGGAUUCAGUCUUAGUCCUGUAUUGACGCUUUGCAUGUUUGAUGGUUCGUCGGAGGGCGUAGUGGGAUUUUUUAGAACCGUCCGGGUUAGUGUCCCACUCCUUGGAAGCGGCAGUUCUAGCCUUUAGCUCAGUGUGGAUGUUGCCUGUAAUUCAUGGCUUCUGGUUGGGAUAUGUACAUACGGUCACUGUGGGGAUGACGUCGUUGAUACACUUGAUAAAGCCGGUGACUGAUGUGGUAAACUCAUCGAUGUUAUCGGAUGAAUCCCGGAACAUAUUCCAGUCUGUGAUAGUGAAACAGUCCUGUAGCUUAGCAUCCACUUCAUCGGACCACUUCCGUAUUGAGCGCGUCACUGGUACUUCCUGUUUGAGUUUUUGCUUGUAAGCAGGAAUCAGUAGUAUAGAGUUAUUGUCAGAUUUGCCAAAAUGAAGGGCGAGGGAGAGCUUUGUAUGUGUCUCUGUGUGUGUAGUAAAGGUGAUCUACAGUUUUUUUCACCUCCUACUUCCACAGUGUGUAUGUGUGUGUGUGUGUGUGCGUGUGUGUGCGUGUGUGUGCGUGUGUGUGUGUGUGUGUGUGUGUUUCAGAGCAGUAAUGACUGGAGCUCAAUGCGGUGGAAUAGGACUUGUAUGUGCCGAGGGGGGUUGACAUGGUUAACCCCCCUUCUCCUCCUCCCCCAAACCUCCCUCCCUCCUCAACCCCAACCCCCCCAAAUGCCCCCUGUCCCAUACCAGAUGGACGCCUUGCCUUGUGAAUCACUGCUGACGAGAGGGGAGUUUUUUUUCAGUCUUCACAGAAGCACAUCUGCUGCUUCCCCAGCAGGGUCCCCUUCCACCUGCUCCAACACACACACACACACACACACACACACUCACACACACACACACACACACACACACACACACACGUUCAAGCACAAACACACCGCGAAAACACACAUGCGCACACACACUCAAGCACGUGCACACUUGCACACGCAUACAUGCGGGAGAUGUGGAAGGGGGGGGGCGGGGGUCACAAAAGGAAGGAUAAGUGGCCCCAACCUGUCCUGUCAUGAAGUGUGGUGAUAUUGUGUGAUUAUUAACAUUGCAAUGAUGUUUUCCUCUCUCUGUGUGUUGCAGUGUCAGAGUGUCGAGGUGGUGGAGACACCCAGCCCAGGUUCUCCUCCUCUCUGCCCACCUACUUUCCUGUCUCCUGCCAGCUGCAGGGCGCCGACUCCUCCUUUUUCCUCCGGGAGGCAGGACAGGAAGUGAUGCGUAAUGGCAGCCUGCGGACGCGCACUGAGCCCUUCUUCCUCCACCAACCAGAAGCGGGCGCCGCCCCCCUGCCAUCCGUCAACUGUAGCUACGGCAACCUGACGGCCGAGGCCCCCGUGCCGCUAGAGCUGCUCCAGGGGUCCCCGCGCCUCCUGGGCCCCUCCCCCACCCACAUCACCCUCAACUGGAAGGUGCGUGCCCAUGUGGUGAGCCGCAGGGUGGGCUCGGCACGCCCCCUCAUCCAGGUGCUGUUCUACCUGGCUGGCCGCCGCUGGGACGAGGCAGCCCCACUUCCGGAGCAGCUGCCCUGUGUGAGGGUGAUAGCGGUGCGGGAGCCCAGCGAAGCCUCCCCCUCGGCGGGCUGCAGGUUGGAUGAGGUGGGGGGCGGCGUGGGGAUCUGUGUGGCUCGCUUAGAGCUGCCUGCUGGCUGGUUCACCCCGUCACCAGGACGGAAGAGGCUCCCUGAUACGGCCCUGAACGGAGUGGAGCUGUACUACUCUGUCCAGCCCCUAGAGGAUGAGAGCGAGGAGUGCCCAGCCAGCAAGGAGCAGUGGAGAGGGCAGAGUGGAGCAGGGGGUGACAUGCAGAGUGCUGGGCCUGUGGGGCUGGUGGUGGGGCUGGUGAGGCCCAUGGGGGAGAGGCUGAGACUGGAUGACAACGUCGAGAUCCUGGUGCCUCCCAGUCCCAUCAGACUGGGACAGAUGGUGGGCUUCGGGAUCAGCAUGAGUUCUGCCUCUAGUCUGGAGCAGUUCACUCUCAGGUGGGUCACAAUACACACACACACACACACACACACUCACUCACCCACUCACUCACUCACCCACUCACCUACUCACUCACUCACUCACUCACUCACACACACCCUUCUGUGGGAUGCCUGGGAGCUUAUCUGUACGAUUGUAUUGCUUUGGCCUUAGGAAUAUGCGGUUGACAAAAUUACAAAUUGUACAGUUUCAUCAUUCUAUAGAUACCUCCCAAACACAUCACACGAGGCAACAUUCUGCAUUACUUUAACAUCAAAACCUUUGCCUCAUAUGGGUUUUGAUGUGUUCAAAGGUUUCUGAGCACAGUACGCACCAAAGGGAAAUCAACUUUGACACCAGAAAAGUUAUUUUGUGCCCAAAAAUUUAAAGCCCCGUGGCGCAGCUUGGCUAAAAAGUUUUUUGUCAAAGUUACCCCCCUGGAAAGUUAUUUCCUGUAUAAAAAGUGAGCGCACGUUUUUUUCCGUGUUUAUUUCGAGGAAAAGGAGGGGAGGGGGGAAAAGGGGGAAAAAAGCGUUUUUUCCGGCCGGCUUUUCUCUCCACUCUUUCCGCUCCUUUCGUCCCGGGGUCGGCGCGGGGGCCCCGGCGCGCCCCGGGGUCGCGCAUUCGGCGCCCCCCCCGCUCCCCCCGGGGGCCCCAGAAAGAGAACGCCGGGGAACCGGGGGGGGCGCGGGGGGGGGCCCGGCCCCGCGGGGGCCCCCCGGGCGCGGAGCGCCGCCCGCGGGCCCCCCCCGGGCGCCCCCCCCCCUCGGGGGCGCCCCCGGGGCCCCCUCCCUUCCUCCGUACCUCCCCCCCCUUUCCGGGCCCCCCCCCCCCCGCCCCCCCCGGGGGCCCCCCACCCCCCCAACCUUUUUUCCUUUUUUCUCUUUUUUUCCUUCGCCCCACUUCCUCCAAAAAAUACUUAAUCCCUUUUGCGUUUCCCCCCUUUUCGCUAGUAGGGUAAGGGGUGGCUCCAGGGACACACACCACACCCCACACCAACAACCCACAAAAAACACACACACACACACACACACACCACACCCUGGGGUCAGUGAGCCCCCCCCCAAAUAGUCUGCUCUACAGUAACGGGGGUAGAAACUCUAUGCCCUUUUCCCCGCCCUCCCCCUCCUCCCCGAACCUUUCCUUUUUCCCCCCCCUCUUCUGCCUCGUUCUCCUCUUUAAACAUUAAUUUACACCCCCUGUUUAGGGUUUUUAAGCAUUCAUUUAUACGCCCGUUUAGGCUGUCCUCCUCUAAGAAAUUUUCACCCCCUGUCAGGCUGUCCUCUUUAAGCAUUUUUUUACCCCCUGUCUGGCGUCCUCCUCUUAAGCAUUAAUUUUUCAAGCCUGUUCAGGCUGUCCUCCUCUAAAGCAUUAAUUACACCGCUGUCUCAGGCGUCCUCCUCUUAAGCAUUAAUUUACACCGCCUGUCUCAGGCUGUCUCCUUUAGAUUUACAUGUCUCAGGACGUCCUCCUCUCACUUUUCACUCCUGUCUCAGGCUGUCCUCCUCUUAAGCAUUAAUUUACACCGCCUGUCUCAGGCUGUCCUCCUCUUCAUUUACACCACCUGUCUCAGGCUGUCCUCCUCUUCAUUUACACCACCUGUCUCAGGCUGUCCUCCUCUUCAUUUACACCACCUGUCUCAGGCUGUCCUCCUCUUCAUUUACACCGCCUGUCUCAGGCUGUCCUCCUCUUAAUUUACACCAACUGUCUCAGGCUGUCCUCCUCCUGUAAUUUACAACCAACCCCUGUCUCAGGCUUUGUCCCUCUCUGAUUUGACCACCACACUGUCUCAGGCUGUCCUCCUCUUCAUUUACACCGCAUGUCUCAGGGUAAUCCGUUAUCAUCAGACUUUAGCAAAAGUCUAGAGAGCUUGCAGGUCAGCAUUUCAUUGUACUGUGUACACUGUGGAUCCUGUGCAUAUGACAAAUAAACUUUGAUUUGAAAUGAUGUAUCAUUUAGGCCACAGUCAGUGUGUAGCUGAAUUACAAUUGUAAGGUUACAUGGACAGGGAAGAUCUGAUUCUAGAUCAGCAAUUUAUUCUGAGUGACCAUGGUGACUUACACUGGGUUGACUGCACUGCUACAGAAAAGGAAAGUUUCUUUCUGGAAGUCACUGACUUCCCAUAAGCUGUAGAGGACAUGUGCUGUGGUGUGUGUGUGUGUGUCUGUUUGUGUGUGUGUCUGUUUGUGUGUGUGUCUGUUUGUGUGUGUGUGUGUGUGUGUGUGUGUGUGUAUGUGUGUGUGUGUGUGUGUGUGUGGUGUGUGUGUGUGUGUGUGUGUGUGUGUGUGUGUGUGUGGUGGGGGGUGUGUCUGUGUGUGUGUGUGAUUAUCGUCUCAGACACAGUUCCAGACUCUUGUUAUCCAGACACACUGCACCACACGUCCUCUACCCCCAACCAUUUAUUUCCCUCCCCCCCCCCCCCCCCCCCCCCCCCCCCCCCCCCCCCUCUCCUCCCUUCUCUUGUCUCUUAGUAAACCCAAAUGUUUACUACACAUUUAUGACACAGUAAUAUCCUACUAGGGUGUUUGUAUAGUACAAGCCACAGUCAAUUGCACAAUAUACUGCAUAUGAUAAACUGUGCAACAGUAUUUGUGUUAAUAAUGCAUUAACACUAGAAAAGCCUGGCCUCGAGGGAUUCCCCCUUUGAGCCAAUGACGAGUCUUUUGGACGUCAACAUUCUAACAGUCUAAUAAAUUAAUUUCAUAUAUGCUAUCGCAAAAAUAAUAAUUUGAUUGUGUUAAUGAAGGUCUUAUGAAACAUUAGAAUAUGAAAGAAAAUGUAUUUCAAAUAACACAAUAGCAUUUUCAUUAGUUAAUGUAACUGUAGGAUAUAUGUAUGGAUGAAUAACCACUAAAACACCACAUUUAAAGUGUUAAAAUCCAUUAAAUAAACACCAUCACCAAGAUCAUUCAUUAUAAAUUCGUUAAGGGCAGGUCUUAAGCAACAUUAUGAAACUAAGAAAAUGCAUUUCAAAAGAACAGAAAAUGGCAUAUCUUGAGUUUAAAUAUAUUAGUGUGCUUUGAGUUCACCUGGGGAGCACAUGGAAUGUGGUAAUUCUACCAAAGAGUUAUAUUUUGAAAUAGAGCUCAAGGAAUCAUUUUUAAGAGUUGUUUGGCAAGGAUAGGUGAUUUGGAAACUGCAGAAUCUGCUCUCUCUGAAACUAUAUAGACAUCAACAUGUCUUACCGGCUUGUUAGUCACUUUUUGGGUUCUGUUUCCCUACCUCUGUGUCAAUUCCAAGCUGCGCUGUUCAUCAGAUUCUUCAUAUACAAUUUAACAAUUGAUAAUAUUCUCACCCAUCAGACUGUUGUCAAUGUAACGUUGUCUUUAGGCUAACUCUAUUAUUAUGUGUGACAUUAGUUUGGAUGGGCCAUCAUCGGCUGCGCAGGCUGACUGCCAGUGAACGAGGAGCAGGGAAACAAAGGUGUUGUUAGUAGUUGUAUUCAAGCUAAUGUGUGUGUGUGUGUGUGUGUGUGUGUGUGUGUUUGUUUGAGAGUCUAUAGUCGGUGUGUGUGUGUACGUGUGUAUGACCUGUGUGGAGAGGUGUCAGGGUACGAGUGUGUGCAGUGUAAGCAGGUGGAAGGACUAGGCCUCUACGCUGCUGUAAGAGAUCUACAGUUUCUAUCUGAUCCUCUGUAAAUCCGGCUAAUCCCACUACACACAUAUCCUUGUACGCCACCCCUGAUCCCAAGAUGCUAUCAUCGAUCUCUCAGCUCCUCUCCUCCAGGGCCCUUACAGCUCGCUUGAGAGUGUGUUUGUUUAUGUGUGUGUGUGUGUUUACCUGUGUGUGUGUGUGUGUGUGUGUGUGUGUGUGUGUGUGUGUGUGAGUUUUACCUGUGUGUGUGUGUGUGUGUGUGUUUGUGUGUGUGUGUGUGUGUGUGUGUUUGGUGUGUGUGUGUGUGUGAAGAGGAGGAGGAGGAGAUUGCAAGGGAGGACAGGCGGAAGUCCCACUUUUCAACCCGUCGACUCCCAGACAAACAGGUGUGUGUGUGUGUGAGUACGUGCGUGAAUGCCUGUGCUUGCUGUGACCCUAUUCAAAAGAAUUGGAUGUUUUACACAUCAACAAUUGCAAAAUGAACCGUCCUAUUUGAUUCUUCUUCUCUCUGUUGCUGUGUUGAUUAGUGAGAGAGAGAGAAGAGAGAGAGGAGAGAGAGAGAGAGAGAGAGAGAGAGAGAGAGAGAGAGAGAGAUAACGUCUAUCUAGACAUCCCGCCUCCUCCUCGGUUAGUGUUUGAGGAGCUGAUUAGUAGCUAGUUCACAUGUUUGUCCACGGGAUAAAACAAGUGAAGCUGAUGUUGUUCACGAACAGAAGUGGAACUUGAGGCUGGGCGAUGAGCCCUAGCUGUCACUAAAAUGGCUACUAUGCAUUAGCAAACAGAAAGAGCAGGCUAGCUCCUGCUCUCGCCCAGUCACUUGGAAGAGACGUGCAGAUCUGUAGUAAGGUGACUACAUCGUGAAAAUGAAGGUAAAUCUGUAGUAAGGUGACUACGAUCGUGGAAGAUGACGGUGAAUCUAUAUUUAAGGUGACUAACUCUUGAAAUGAAGGGUGAAUCUAUAGUAGGUGACUACGUCGUGAAGAUGAAGUCAAUCUGUGGUAAGGUUGGACCUACAUCGUGAAAAUGAAGGGUGAGAUCUGUAUAAGGUGACUACGGCGUGAACUAUGAAGGUAAAUCUGUAGUAAGGUGACUACAUCGUGAAAAUGAAGGUGGUUCUGGUAGUAAGGUGACUGACCGUCGUGAAGAAUGAAGGUAAAUCCUGUGGUAAGGUGAACUACAUCGUGAAAAUGAAGGUGAAUCUAUAGAAAAGGUGACUACAUCGUGAAAAUGAAGGUGAAUCUAUAGUAAGGUUACUACAACAUCGUUAAAAUGAAGGGACUCUAUAGUAAGGUGACUACUCGUUGAAGCUGAAGGUAAAUCUGUAGUAAGGUGACUACAUCGUUGAAGAUGAAGGUGAAUCUAUAGUAAAGGUGACUACAUCGUGAAAAUGAAGGUGAAUCUAUAGUAAGGUGACUACAUCAUGAAGAUGAAGAUGAAUCUAUAGUAAGGUGACUACAUCGUGAAGAUGAAGGUGAAUCUAUAGUAAGGUGACUACGUCGUGAAGAUGAAGGUAAAUCUGUAGUAAGGUGACUACAUCGUGAAAAUGAAGGUAAAUCUGUAGUAAGGUGACUACAUCGUGAAGAUGAAGGUAAAUCUGUAGUAAGGUGACUACAUCGUGAAGAUGAAGGUGAAUCUAUAGUAAGGUGACUACAUCGUGAAGUUGAAGGUAAAUCUAUAGUAAGGUGACUACAUCGUGAAGUUGAAGGUAAAUCUAUAGUAAGGUGACUACAUCGUGAAGAUGAAGGUGAAUCUAUAGUAAGGUGACUACAUCGUGAAAAUGAAGGUGAAUCUAUAGUAAGGUGACUACAUCGUGAAGAUGAAGGUGAAUCUAUAGUAAGGUGACUACAUCGUGAAAAUGAAGGUGAAUCUAUAGUAAGGUGACUACGUCGUGAAGAUGAAGGUGAAUCUGUAGUAAGGUGACUACGUCGUGAAGAUUAAGGUGAAUCUGUAGUAAGCUGACUACGUCGUGAAGAUGAAGGUGAAUCUGUAGUAAGCUGACUACGUCGUGAAGAUGAAGGUGAAGCUAUAGUAAGCUGACUACGUCGUGAAGAUGAAGGUGAAUCUAUAGUAAGCUGACUACGUCGUGAAAAUGAAGGUGAAUCUAUAGUAAGGUGACUACGUCGUGAAAAUGAAGGUUAAUCUAUAGUAAGCUGACUACGUCGUGAAAAUGAAGGUUAAUCUAUAGUAAGGUGACUACAUCGUGAAAAUGAAGGUGAAUCUAUAGUAAGGUGACUACAUCGUGAAAAUGAAGGUUAAUCUAUAGUAAGGUGACUACAUCGUGAAAAUGAAGGUGAAUCUAUAGUAAGGUGACUACGUCGUGAAAAUGAAGGUUAAUCUAUAGUAAGCUGACUACGUCGUGAAAAUGAAGGUGAAUCUAUAGUAAGGUGACUACAUCGUGAAAAUGAAGGUUAAUCUAUAGUAAGCUGACUACGUCAUGAAAAUGAAGGUGAAUCUAUAGUAAGGUGACUACGUCGUGAAGAUGAAGGUGAAUCUAUAGUAAGGUGACUACAUCGUGAAGAUGAAGGUGAAUCUGUAGUAAGGUGAGUACGUCGUGAAGAUGAAGGUGAAUCUGUAGUAAGCUGACUACGUCGUGAAGAUGAAGGUGAAUCUAUAGUAAGGUGACUACGUCGUGAAGCUGAAGGUGAAUCUAUAGUAAGGUGACUACAUUGUGAAGAUGAAGGUGAAUCUAUAGUAAGGUGACUACGUCGUGAAGAUGAAGGUGAAUCUAUAGUAAGGUGACUACGUCGUGAAGAUGAAGGUGAAUCUAUAGUAAGGUGACUACAUCGUGAAAAUAUAGGUGAAUCUAUAGUAAGGUGACUACAUCGUGAAAAUGAAGGUGAAUCUAUAGUAAGGUGACUACAUCGUGAAGAUGAAGGUGAAUCUAUAGUAAGGUGACUACAUCGUGAAGAUGAAGGUGAAUCUAUAGUAAGGUGACUACAUCGUGAAGAUGAAGGUGAAUCUAUAGUAAGGUGACUACAUCGUGAAGAUUAAGGUGAAUCUAUAGUAAGGUGACUACAUCGUGAAGCUGAAGGUAAAUCUGUAGUAAGGUGACUACAUCGUGAAAAUGAAAGUAAAUCUAUAGUAAGGUGACUACAUCGUGAAGAUGAAGGUGAAUCUAUAGUAAGGUGACUACGUCGUGAAGAUGAAGGUGAAUCUAUAGUAAGGUGACUACGUCGUGAAGAUGAAGGUGAGUUCUAUAGUAAGGUGACUACGUCGUGAAGAUGAAGGUGAAUCUAUAGUAAGGUGACUACGUCGUGAAGAUGAAGGUGAAUCUAUAGUAAGGUGACUACGUCGUGAAGAUGAAGGUGAAUAUGUAGUAAGGUGACUUCGUCGUGAAGAUGAAGGUGAAUCUAUAGUAAGGUGACUACGUCGUGAUAUUCAACGUUUGGAAAGUAGAUCACAAGCAUGUUGGUAGGUGGAGUGGUAAAUGGGCGUAAUCCACUGGUUUGCAAAACAAAAGCUUCCCAAUUUGCUCCCCCCUUGGGGAGACUUAAAGUUUCGAUUUUUCUUUUACUUCAGGUAAGACUGCACGUGUGUGUACCUGCAGACAACACGUAUGUGUACCUGCAGACAACACGUAUGUGUACCUGCAGACAACACGUAUGUGUACCUGCAGACAGCACGUAUGUGUACCUGCAGACAGCAUGUAUGUGUACCCGCAGACAACACGUAUGUGUACCUGCAGACAGCGGGCAAGAGUUGAUGUGCAUAAAGAAAACACAUGGAAUCUGUUACUAUUAUCAUACAGUUCCUUGCGAAAGUAUUCAUCCCCCUCAGCGUUUUUACUAUUUUGUUGCACUUCAACCUGUAAUUUAAAUUGAUUUUUAUUUGGAUUUCAUGUCAUGGACUUGUUUCAGAAAAUUCUACAAAAUAAAUAACGGAAAAAUGGUGCGUGCGUAUGUAUUCACCCCCUUUGCUAUGAAGCCCCUAAAUAAGAUCUGGUGCAACCAAUUACCUUCAGAAGUCACAUAAUGAGUUAAAUCUCAUGAGCAAUCUAAUUGUCACAUGAUCUGUCACACGAUCUCAGUAUAUAUACACCUGUUCUGAAAGGCCCCAGAGUCUGCAACACCACUAAGCAAGGGGCACCACCAAGCAAGCGGCACCAUGAAGACCAAGGAGCUCUCCAAACAGGUCAGGGACAAAGUUGUGGAGAAGCACAGAUCAGGGUUGGGUUAUAAAAAAAUAUCCAAAACUUUGAACAUCCCAUGGAGCACCAUUAAAUCCAUUAUUAAAAAAUUGAAAGAAUAUGGCACCACAACAAACCUGCCAAGAGAGGGCCGCCCACCAAAACUCACAGACCAGGUAAGGAGGGCAUUAAUCAGAGAGGCAACAAACAGACCAAAGAUAACCCUGAAGGAGCUGCAAAGCUCCACAGUGGAGAUGGGAGUAUCUGUCCAUAGGACCACUUUAAGCCGUACACUCCACAGAGCUGGGCUUUAUGGAAGAGUGGCCAGAAAAAAGCCAUUGCUUAAAGAAAAAAAUAAGCAAACACGUUCUGUGUUCGCCAAAAGGCAUGUGGGAGACUCACCAAACAUAUGGAAGAAUGUACUCUGGUCAGAUGAAUUGAGCUUUUGGCCAUCAACUAAAACGCUAUGUCUGGCGCAAACCCAACACCUCUCAUCACCCCGAGAACACCAUCGGCAGGGACUGGGAAACUGGUCAGAAUUGAAGGAAUGAUGGAUGGUGCUAAAUACAGGGAAAUUCUUGAGAGAAACCUGUUUCAGUCUUCCAGAGAUUUGAGACUGGGACGGAGGUUCACCUUCCAGCAGGACAAUGACCCUAAGCAUACUGCUAAAGCAACACUCGAGUGGUUUAAGGGGAAACAUUUAAAUGUCUUAGAAUGUCCUAGUCAAAGCCCAGACCUCUAUCCAAUUGAGAAUCUGUGCUAUGACUUAAAUAUUGCUGUACACCAGCAGAACCCAUCCAACUUGAAGGAGCUGGAGCAGUUUUGCCUUGAAGAAUGGGCAAAAAUCCCAGUGGCUAGAUGUGCCAAGCUUAUAGAGACAUACCCCAAGAGACUUGCAGCUGUAAUUGCUGCAAAAGGUGGCUCUACAAAGUAUUGAUCUUGGGUGGGUGAAUAGUUAUGCACGCUCAAGUUUUCUGUUUUUUUUGUCUUAUUUCUUGUUUGUUCACAAUAAAAAAUAUUUUGCAUCUUCAAAGUGCUAGGCAUGUUGUGUAAAUCAAAUGAUACAAACCACCCCCAAAAAAUCCAUUUUAAUUCCAGGUUGUAAGGCAACAAAAUAGAAAAAGUGCCAAGGGGGGUGAAUACUUUCGCAAGCCACUGUAUACUGUUACUAGUCCAUACCUAGCCUGCGUAUAGUGAAUGUUAGUGAACUAUCUUUGACCCGGGCCCAUAGGGCUCUCUGGUCAAUAGUAGCACACUUUAUAGGGAAUAGGGUGCAAUUUGGGAGGCAGCCUAGCCUUCUCUCUCACCCCUUUUCUUAUACUCCUUAGUAUUACAUAGAGACACAGGAGACAGGAGUCUCAGGUGACACAGGACACAGGACAUACAGAACACACAGGAGACAGGACACAAAGGAGACACAGGAGACAGGACACAGGACACACAGGAGACACAGGACACAGGACACACAGGACACACAGGAGACACAGGAGACAGGACACACAGGAGACACAGGAGACAGGACACACAGGAGACACAGGAGACACAGGAGACACAGGAGACACAAAAAAGACCCAGAAGACACAGAAGACACAGGAGACAGGAGACAGGAGACACAGGAGACACAGGAGACAGGAGAGACAGGAGGACAACAACAAUGGGGGAAAACAAAUCAAGUAA